UUUUUUUAAUCUCCUUCUUCGGAAGCCCUAUUUUCUCUCUCCUCCGUCAACCGAAGCAAGCAGAACAAAAAAAAUGGCGUAGGAACCGAAGAAUUCUGAGUAUACCAAACGCCAAUUAUCUGUAUUUAGAGCUCAAUGAAGUUGCGGCAGCAAUGGCGGAUCGGUGGAGCAGGUUAUUUUUUGUUUGUGUAGCAUCGUUUUCCGUACUGUUCGGUCUCACAGUAGAGCAGCAAUUGCCGUUCUCGUGGCAAGAGAAAUUGGAUUUGCUUCAGCUAAGAUCUUCAUUAGGGUUGAGGGCAAAAGAAUGGCCGAUAAAAUCCAACCCGUGUACACAAUGGGCGGGUAUUCAGUGCACAAACGGUCGGGUCACAGGAAUCAGCGUUUCAGGGUUCACGAGAACCAGAAUUGGGAAUCGAAACCCUCGAUUUUCAGUGGACGCACUCCGGAAUUUAACACUUUUGUCCUCGUUCAACGCCUCGAAUUUUCCAAUGCCGGGGAAUAUUCCCGACUGGUUCGGAUCACUUCCCUCUCUCCGAGUGCUCGAUCUUAGGUCUUGCUCAAUUCAUGGUGCUAUUCCAUUCACUCUUGGAAAUUUGAGCAGCUUAAUUGAACUGCAUUUGUCUGAUAACAAGCUAACUGGUGGUGUUCCGUCUAGUUUAGGCCAGUUAUUUACGCUCUCUGCCCUUGAUCUUUCGCGGAAUCUCCUUACAGGGUCUAUUCCCGAAACAUUUUCCAAUCUUGGGAACCUUACUUUGCUGGACAUGUCUUUAAAUUUCUUGUCCGGACUGAUUCCAACCGGCAUUGGGAAUUUGUCCAGUUUGCAGUUCUUGAAUUUAUCAGGAAAUAGUUUUUCGUCUUCGAUACCUGCUCAAAUAGGCGAUCUUUCUAGUCUGAUCGAACUCGAUCUUGGAUUUAAUUCUCUUUCCGGUUCAGUGCCUCCAGAGUUUAGAGGGUUGAAGAAUUUGCAACGAAUGGUACUCGAGGAUAAUUUACUUUCAGGACCUUUGCCUGUUACCCUGUUUCCUCUUUGGACUCGGUUGCGUUUUGUGGUUUUGAGUAAGAACGGUUUUAGUGGUGAGUUUCCAGAUGUUCUGUGGUCCCUGCCCGAACUGAAAUUCCUCGAUGUGUCUGGUAAUAAUUUCACCGGUCUAAUGCCAAAUAUCGGCUCGAUUGCUAAUAAUAACGGUGCAGUAUUCAACAUUUCGAGGAAUCUUUUUUAUGGAAAUCUGACACCUGUAAUUAUGAGGUUCGGUUUUAUCGACAUGUCGGAGAAUUAUUUCGAGGGUCCGGUUCCAAUUUACGCACGUGGCAAUGCAUCUCUUAGGAGUAAUUGCCUCCGAAAUGUGACUAAUCAGAGGAAUGCAACAGAUUGUGCCUCGUUCUAUUCUGACAGGAAUUUGGUGUUCGAUAAUUUUGGAGAGCCUAAUGCCACACCUCCUCCUCCAAAAUCAGAUAAUAAGAGCCACAAAUCGAUUAUCAUUUUAUCAUCUGUUUUAGGAGCUGCUCUUAUUGCCCUUGUUGUAAUGAUCAUAGUAGUGAUAAUUAUGUGCAAGCGCAAGAGAAACACAACACCUCCUGGUAAUGCCGUUGGCGUGGGCCCCACUCCUGCCGUUGGGGGGCCUCCACCCCCUCCCGGAGCAUCGUUGAACUUUUCCAACAUCGGAGAUACGUUUACGUUGCAGCAGAUUCUUCAAGCUAUCGGUGAAUUUAAUGAUGCGAAUCUGAUCAAGAGCGGUCACUCUGGAGAUCUUUAUUCUGGAAAACUCGAAGGUGGAAUACCUGUCGUGAUAAAAAAGAUAGAUUUGAAUUCAUCAGUGAAAAUGGGAAUGUAUAUGUCGGAAUUGGACUUUUUUAGCAAGUUUUCGCAUCCAAGAUUCGUCCCUCUUUUGGGCCAUUGUUUGGAGAAUGAGAACGAAAAAUAUCUCGUUUAUAAAUACAUGCCGAAUAGAGAUUUGUCCAGUUCAUUAUUCAAGAAAAUAAAUUCUGAUGAUGAUGACAGUUUACAGUCACUGGAUUGGAUAACUAGACUCAAAAUUGCGAUUGGAGCUGCCGAGGGUUUGUCUUAUUUGCAUCACGAAUGUGUUCCGCCACUUGUUCACAGGGAUGUUCAAGCGAGCAGCAUACUUCUUGAUGAUAGAUAUGAAGUAAGGUUAGGAAGCUUGAGCCAGGUUUGUGCUCAAGAGGGUGAUAUUACAAAUCAUAAUCGGAUAACAAAGAUGCUGUGGUUGCCUUCGACAUCGGAUCAAGGCGCUUCAGGUACCCUCCCAAACGCAACAUGUGCGUACGACGUAUACUGCUUCGGCAAAGUACUGCUGGAGCUAGUAACCGGCAAGCUAGGAAUCAGCUCAACCAACGACUCAGCCACAAAGGAGUUUCUAGAAGCAACACUACCUUGCAUCAAUAUAUACGACAAAGAACUCGUGACCAAUAUAAUCGAUCCAUCUUUGAUCAUAGACGAGGACCUUCUAGAAGAAGUGUGGGCCAUGGCUAUAGUCGCCAGGUCAUGCCUAAACCCUAAACCUAGUCGUAGACCUCUCAUGCGGUAUAUUCUUAAAGCUUUGGAGAAUCCUCUCAAGGUUGUAAGAGAAGAGCCGAGUGGCUCGGAGAGGCUUCGGGCCACUUCUUCUAGAGGGUCGUGGAAUGCUGCGCUUUUCGGCAGCUGGCGGCAUAGCUCGUCUGACGUGGGGGGCGCUGCCACAUUAGCGCCUUCGGCUUCUCGUAGAAAUGAACGAUCUUCGUCGAUCGGACGGCAGUCGAAGGAUAUCUUUCCAGAGCCGUUGGAUGUAGAGAGACUAUAGGGGGGGGUUAGAGAGAGAUAAAAGGGGUGAUUUAUUUAAUUAUUUUUAUUUAUUUUUCGUCUCGAUUCUUUUUAGUAAUAAGGGGUGACUACAGUUUGGGAUGUUCUUUGCUGGCUAGAUUUUUUUUUUCUUUUUUCUUUUUAAAUCUGUAUAUUCACAAAAGAGACGGCCAAUUUGUUUGUUUUUAGAGGUUUUAGAAAAUCAAAAGAGGAGAUGGAUGAUUGCUAGUGAUUGGCUUUUGUUUGAAGGCUUGUUUUUUGUUAAACAAGCUGCAAUAUUUUUAUUUAUUUAUUUAUUUACUUUUAUGU